AUCUUAUUCCAACUCCCAAGUAACAAAACCGACAGCGUUGAUAGUUCGAAUUCGAGGGUAGAAAUCCGCUCACGAUGGGGAGUAAAGAUGAAAGUGAACAGACAUUGAAGCCCUUGAAGCUCCAGGAGCAAGACCUCGCCGGAAAAGUUGCGAUUGUAACCGGGGCAAGCAAAGGCAUCGGUCGCGCCAUCGCUCUCGAGUUGGCAACUCGGGGCGCCUCAAUUCUGGGGACUUUCUCCAGCCUAGAUUCUGCAGAUCUCUUCAAGACGUUCACCGAUACCAUCACUAGUCUCUGCUCAUUCACGAAGCAUCCGGACACACCCAGCACAGCUUGCCCAAAGCUUAUUGGCGUUCCAGCUGAUAUCACCUCUUCAUCCGCGCCGAGGACUAUCAUCGACUGCCUCCGUACGCAAUUUGAUGCGAAGGUUGAUAUUGUGGUUUUCAAUGCUGCGGUUAUGAGCCUCGCGCGGAUGGGGGAAGGGAAGAUUGGUGAAGACUUCGUGGAGAGAGCAUUAGCAGGGAAUAUCACUUUCCCGAUCUUAAUGAUGGAGGAGCUGGUAAAGGAGAGUUGUCUGAGGCCGAACGGUAGAGUUGUGGCGAUUAGUAGUGAGGGCUCAAGGGUUAAAAGGCCUGCUGGUGGGUUCUGGACAUCCUUCUUUGGCGUGUACUUUUUCAUUAUGGUCGUCGGAGUUACGAUUGGCAUGGCAGUCUAUGCGGCUACGAAAGCAGCACUGGAGUGUCUGAUGAGAAAGUGGGCCGACGAGCUCGGCACUCGUCCCGGGAUGGAGGGUACCACGUUUAACUCGGUGAGUGUAGGAUUUACUAAGACCGAAGCAUACACCAGAAUUCCAUCGGAAGUGAGGGAGAGGCUUACGGCUGCCGAUGCUGCAGAGGUCGCGGUUGGUAAUCGAAUUGGCGAGGUGGAGGAUGUGGCAGACGUGGUUGGCCUCCUGGUCAGUGGUAAAGCAAGAUGGAUUAGUGGAAGUGUAGUAGAUGCUUCUGGAGGGAAAGCGAAGAUCCUUUAG